AACUACGCUGACUGGGUGCUGCUGACUAUUAAUAUUCACCUUGUGAAACUAUCCACAGUCAGUAUAUACGGUCAGCGUUGUGCACAAAGACACGGCCACUCAGCGAUACUUUUCCCAAACUGAAAUCCCCUUCAGGGGAGGGCGAGAGGGAGGGAGGGAGAGAGAGAGAGAGACGGGGAGCGAGAGGGGACUGCAGAACACACAGGGUCUGGAUGAAUAACCAUGGCAACAGCAGCAGCAGCAGGAGAAGCGAUGAUAUAAACAUUUACAUCCGCGCAUCCGUCCGCAAACAGCUAUUCACUCCAGUAGAGGCUUGGACCAGAAACCCUCUGCGGAUAUCACUCCACAUCAGCGCUAAGGUGAUGAGUGGGAUUAUAUCAUGUCUGAAGUACAGGGAACAGUGGAGUUUUCUCUAGAGUUGCACAAGUUUCACAAUGUGGAUCUCUUUCAAAGGGGGUUCUACCAGAUACGAGCAGGGCUGAAGGUCUCACCUCGAGUGCCCCACAGGGUCAUAGCAACAACACAUGACAAUGCAGGAGAGUGCAGCUUCAGCUCUGCGGGGGUUUACGACGGCACCGUGUUCAGCCGGAUAUUUCAGAUCCUGUACAGAAACGAGGAGAUUGCGGUGAAUGACUGUAUGAUCUUCAAAGUCCACCUGCUAUUGGACGGAGAACGGGUGGAGGAGGCCUUGAGUGAGGUGGAUUUUCAGUUGAAGCUGGAUCUUCAUUUCACUGACAAUGAGCAGCAGUUGGCCGAUAUAGCGACUGUCCCCUUGAUCAGCAGUCGGACCCUCAGCCUCCAUUUCCACCCGCGAAGAGGCCUCCACCACCACGUCCCUGUCAUGUUCGACUAUUUCCACCUGUCAGUCAUUUCUGUGUCCAUCCACGCUUCACUGGUUGCCUUACAUCAGCCACUGCUCAGCUUUGCCCGUACGGGGAAGGGCUCCUGGCUUGGGAAGGGCUCGCCAGAGAGCACGAACGACCCGUCCGCCAUGUCUGUAGAGAACCUCGUGUUCGGCGCUGGCUACUGCAAACCUGUCAUCUCUGAGGGAAGCUUUUAUGUGCCCAGUGAAAACUGCCUGCAGAGAGCUCAUACGUGGCACCGGCGACUCUGUCGCCUCCUGUUGGUGGCACACAGAGGCCUGCACACGUACUACACGGCACUCAUGAAGGAGAUCCCGCAGCUGCAGCAGAUUCCCCUGGAAUCAGAUGUGUCGCCUGUAGAAGAAACUCUAAAUCAGCUGACAAUAGAGCUGCAGCUGCAAGAAGGCCACGAGAAGGUAGCGGAGCAGAUCAGCAGGGACGUAAGCCAGCUGUGCUUCCAGCUGGCUGCUCUGUGGAGCUGCUUCCUGGAGGCCGCUGUGUUCAACCCCCACAUCCUGUCCUAUCUGGCCCAGGAGCACCACACGCUCAGGGUCAGGAGGUUCUCCGAGGCGUACUUUUUCACCGAGCACCACAAAGAGAUAUCUCUGACAUUUCAAGAGGAAUUAAUCAAUAGACACGGCCAGAUAGCUGCAGAAGUACGGAGCUCAGACUACUUGACCAAGAUGCCUCCUUUACCUGUUGAGUGCCUGGACAUCGAUGGAGACUGGAACAGCCUGCCUAUCAUCUUUGAGGACAGAUACGUGGAGUCUCCUCAAACACAGUACAUAUCACAUGUGCCAAUGCCUGCAACUGCUGAUGGACAAACCAACUUAGAUCUUGCCAAGAGGAUUCUCGAAAGCAGCCAAGAAGCCGUAUCACCAGCAGUACCCAAGGAUUCUCUGGGUAGUGAAUGCACAGGCCUGCCCUUGUAUGUCUCUCUCACAGCAGACCAGAAUAAGAACGACACCAGAUGUACCCAGAACAUCAUUCCUACUGAGGGCAGAACUGAACUUUCCGCGGCAGUGAAGGAAAACGUGACAGAAGCAGCAGAAAAUCACAGCCAAAAUAAGGAGAGCUAUAGUUCAGGCGAGAUCUACGUUGCAAAUAAGUCAUGUGAUCCUUGUAGAGGAGAGGCACUUUUGGUUCCCUCCUCAAGCUUUAGUCCCCUCACAGAUUCUGCAGACAACAUUGACAAGUCUCCUUCUCAACCUGUAACAGAAGUAAUUGCCCAACUUUGUGAUGCCACAAACCACAGCAAUGCAAUACAGAAUGAAAACACUGAAGAGCAGUCUGACAUCGCCAUGCCUUUAAAUCACUCAGUGGAUGAUGAAAGUGAGGAUGUCCCUCCUAUCAGCGUACCCGCUGGCUGUCCAGUAAUACCCCUCUUUCCGGGUGAGCUCAGAAAAGAGACGACUCACCGCGGAGGUUUGGUCGGCACCAAGGUCAUGAAGCGCUCGUCCUCUGUUAUUUCAGACUCAGGUAUCGAGAGUGAGCCUAGCUCUGUAGCGUGGCCGGUGGAGGCCGCACUGCGAGGACGACCCCCUCUGGACUUUUCCAGCGAACGGGAGAUCCCACAGCAAAUAGUGUUAAAGCAUCCGGUGCACCGCAGCUAUCUGGAAGGCCUGCAGAUGGAGAGCAACGGCAGCCUUCCAAGUGGAGGUAUACAGGCUUCACUUACAUCAAUUAGUUCUCUGCCCUAUGAGGAGGAUCAGCAUCAGAGGCAGCUCAGCAAGCUGACCAAGUCUGUUUCUGCGCCGCAGAUAAGUAGCCCAGAAGAUGUAGAGGAUGGCCAUAUGCUGCUCAACCAGGAAACAGAUUGCAAUAGCUUAGUACAACAUGAAGAUUCAUGUAGGACAAACUGUUCUUUGUACAGCAACCUGGAUUCUGAACAGUCAGAAUUAUCUCCAUUGGACAUGAGUUCAUCAUCAAAUCCUGGCCAUAUUGUCAAGGAGAAUGGGACCUCUGAAAAGUCAAACUCUCCACAGUACCUGUCAGAGACAUACAGGAUUAAGUCAGCGUCCAGCAGUGUUUCUGAAGUAUUACUUUUACAAGAGUCUGCAGAAAGCCCUCAUGUCAAGGAAAGUGCUGUUACUGGCAGCCAGAGGCAGAAUACGAACAAUCAAACACACAUCAGUGGAGUAACCUCAGUGAAGGAUGUCUUCGUCGUUGAAUCGGAAACAGUGCCCUGCAGCUGUGGAAACAAACCAUGUGUGCAUGAAAGUGCAACAGAUCAGGAGAGGAUUAACACGGGAGAUGAGUGCCAAAGUUUCCAUCAGACCCAACUAUUUGGGGCUGAGAAACAUGAAUGUCUAGAUCCCUCACAGAUACUUAUAAAACCUUCAUGCUUCAGUGAUCUGCCCAACAGUAACAGCACCACACAGAGGCCAAGUGACCCCUUGGGCGUGACAAACAGAGAGAUAGUUUCACCUGCUGAUGUAAAUGGUGUAUCGAGCUGUGAGAAAGCGCCUUUGGACUGCCAGUCCAAGGCCUCCAAGAUCCCGAACUCAGGGCUAGCCUUUGUGAACAAGAAGAUGGUGGAGGUGGUGAACAUGUCAGUCUCCUGUGCCCCAACCUGCCUGCCAUUUUCAUCCGUCCUGAGAGACUCUCCAUCUAUCAGUGGAAUGUCCACUCGUCAAACUACCUCACCUAUCACCCAUCAGCCUCUGGGCUCCUUCGGUAUCAUCUCCUCAUCUUCACUCAGUCCCCUGAACAUGGAUGAAGAGACAAAUGAACGAAUGCUGAAUUUCUACAAAGCCAAAGAGGAGCUGUUCAAAGAGUUGAGCUUCCAGGCCAGCUUGUACAGCGACCUCCCAUUCCUGGCGUCAGAUCUCCCCUACUUCCCUCCUGAAGAGGAUGACGAGGAGUUUGAUGACGGCAUACACCUUGUGGUGUGCGUCCAUGGGCUUGAUGGAAACAGUGCUGACCUUCGGCUUGUGAAGACUUUCAUAGAGCUGGGACUGCCAGGAUCCAGGCUCGACUUCCUCAUGUCUGAGAGGAACCAGGCCGACACGUUUGCAGACUUCGACGCCAUGACGGACAGGCUGCUGGAUGAAAUCAUUCAGCACAUCCAGCUCUACAAUCUCACCAUAGGCAGGAUCAGCUUCAUCGGCCACUCUCUGGGGAACAUCAUCAUCCGCUCGGUGCUGACGAGGCCUCGCUUCCGCUGCUAUUUGCCCAAACUGCACACUUUCCUCUCGUUGUCAGGGCCACACUUGGGAACGCUGUACAACAACAGCACAUUGGUCAGCACAGGUUUGUGGUUAAUGCAGAAGCUGAAAAAAUCUGGAUCUUUGCUGCAGCUCACCUUCAGAGAUCACGUUGAUCCACGGAAAACGUUCCUCUAUCUCCUGAGUCAGAAACCAGGGCUCCAGUUCUUCAAGAACGUCGUGCUAGUGGCGUCUCCGCAGGACCGCUACGUUCCUUUUCACUCUGCCAGAAUAGAGAUGUGCAAAACUGCUCUCAAAGAUAGAACCACAGGGCCCGUGUACACCGAGAUGAUCAACAACCUCCUGCAGCCACUCGUAGAAGCUAAAGAGUGCCGUCUGAUCCGCCAGAAUGUGUUCCACGCUCUACCCAACACAGCCAACACGCUGAUCGGCCGUGCCGCCCACAUCGCCGUCUUGGACUCUGAGCUAUUCCUAGAGAAGUUCUUCUUAGUGGCAGGACUCAACUACUUCAAGUAAAGGUGCUCCUAAUGCAGGCUUACUGGACCGAUCUGAAUGGUGGAUAAAGGAGUCUAAAGGAGGGGGAUGAGGUCGUUUUACCCUGUACAAUAGAUGUAAUGUAUAUAUUUCCUGGUAUCCAAGAGGCCAGAUUUGUAUAUCCCAUUUGUUAGGAUUGUUAGCAGCUGUUAAUAAAGGAUCGGUAUAUUGUGACUGUUUAAACCGCUAACUCAGAAGUCUGAGUUUGAUGUGUAGCCAGUCAAAGCAAAACAUCUGACAUCGACGACAGGAUUGAUUGUAGAUGUUUUGUCGGCCUUAUGAAUAACCUCUCAGCCAGAACACUAACAGAUGCUAAUUGUGGUUUAAAGCAUUUACUUACUUUCCCUUUAGAGUUGGUUUAGAGCCUUUGCUAUCGCUGGUUGAUUGAAUUCUUCUUUAAGGGUUACACUAAUGAUAGUCUUACACUAUCCUUACAAGGCAAUAGAUGCAUAGCAUUUAUGUCCUUGAUUGUACAUGAAGUAUUUUGUUGUACGAAACAUAGAUGUUCAUUUAUACAGAAAUGACUAUAUUGUUUAAAAUUAUUUAUUUUUUACCUGCUUAUGUUAUCUACAGUGUAAGUAGUCCAUCUACAUUUAAGUCUCUGUGUGCUAUUAUCAUCAAAUGUGUCAAAUGAAAAGUAAAAAGUGUGUUGUCUGUAUGUUUAUCUGUACAUCUCGAAAAAUCUUGCUGUCCAUGACUAGCUAAGUGUUAGGCUACAACAAACAUUUGCAUUGAAGUGUGCAGUAAAGUAUAUUUGAUAAGAAAUGGUCCUACCUGCUGUGAUAGCAUUUACUUUGUAAUUGUGUUUUUGUACUGACAGAUUAACAAGAUUCAGGGUCGGACCAUUUGCUAAGCCCCACCUCCCCUUAGUUACCAUCGUGCCACCCAUCGAGCUUUUCAGCCUAUCAAGGCCCUUAUGCAAUUUAGAAUGACACCCCUCCAAUCUGCAGUAAUGUUUACAUUACUAAAACGUGAUGUCAGACCUAAGUAGACAAAAGCAGACCUGUCACUGCUCCUGGAUUUUUCAGCGUUAGCUAGCUAGCCAAUCAACCUAAUCUCAGCUACUUGACUGUCAUACCUCUGUUUGACUUUGUUGCCUACAAUUUUUCCUUUUUAAAGCUGAAUUUAGACAUAACAUAGCUUUAUUUGUAUGAUUUUUACACGUUUUGGGGUAUGUUGGUUGGGGAUGCCAACAUCCCAAAAUGUGUUAAACAGCACACAAAGGAAAAAGUAGUACAAGUUGUGAUUAGACGUUUUUAUACUGAUUCUGUAGACAUUUGACCACCAACCAUUCAUCAGCCAUUUUGGACAUGUGACAAAUAUGGUGACAAGAUCAGUUGAAAACACAAAAGCUUAGCGACUUGUCUCUGACAGUCUGACCAUUACUUUGAAGGUGAGCUUUCUCCCUUUCUGGUUUGUUUUAAAUCCGGUUGGCUAAUAGUGCCAAUAAAAGUGUUUGCUGACAAAUCUGAAGAACUACAGGGAACAUUUGCUGCCAACCAGUCAAGGCAUACAUAUUUUUCCUUAGAAACAGGUGGUUGUAUCAUGUCCAAUAUGGCAGACAAAUUUUAAGCAAUGUGUGCAUGACAUUAUAUAAAAAGACCUCCUGUGAAUUUGGGAUUUUUGGAGCAAGAAAUGCAUAUGUAGAUUCAUCCAUAGACUGCUUUAUAUAGAGAACAACUAGUCAAUUCUAACAUGUAUUUGAAACAAUAUUAAAUUUCCACUCAAAGAAGAAUUGUUUUUGGACUUCUUAGAUGGUGUGUUUGAUAUAAAUAACUGCACAGCAAGCCAUAGUAUUGGUCAAAAAAUGCUAAAAAAUGAAAAAAGAAACCAGCUCCAAAUAAGAGAUACUGUACGUGACUUUGAACACGCAUUCCUUCUAAUGACCAGAAGGGGGCGACUCCUCUUGUAUCAAAAAGAACUAUAGUCUAUGGAAAAAUUGCCCUUGGCUCUUCUGAUCUCUUUUACAGCGCAUGUUUUAUAAAUUAUGGUCCUUAGUAGGUUAAAAAAAGAAAAUAUUGUCUUAGGCCGGGGCUCCUGUGUGGUUGGCAAGUGGCUGCUGCAUGUGUAUGCAGAGCAUUUUUGGUUUCCCUGUCAGUUUCCCCUCUCACAUCCGAUUUCAAAACAUCAAAUUUCAUCCGAAAGCUAACAUCAUAUCUAUCUAAAGUCAAUCUACAACUGAUUUUUCUUAUAUGUUACAACCUAUAACACAAAUUAUUUAUCUAAUUUGGCACUGACAUCUUCUUUGGAUGUGGAAGUGGAUAGGUUACAAUGAUAUAAGCUGUAAAUGGAUACAACUGCAGCUGAUGGUAGCACCCAACAUUAUUAUACCCUCCCAUACUUUUGUGCCUGCUUUUGGUUUUGGAACAAGCCACGGGCAGCGUUCUGUUGUUUCACUGGUUUGAACCCCAGCUGGGAAUUUUCUGUGUUGAGCUUUCAUGUUCUUCCUGUCAUUGAGCAGGUUUUCCUCUGGGUGCUCUGGCUUCCUCCACAGUCCAAGGAGUCUAAAUUGGCCAUGCAUGUGAUGUAUAGAUACAAUAUUUAAACUGCAUCGAGCAAAGCACUCUAUGAAUGUAUGUUUAAGUGUGGCUUGGAGUCCAAAGCACUUUGAUUCAUCAACAAAACUAGAAAAGCACUGUAUAAAUGCCCACGAACUUAAACAUGCAGAAAUCCAUAGCUUGACAGGCUUCUUGCGCCUAAAUGAGUCGCUACGAUGGAGCGAUAGCUAACCGGGGGAGAGGUUUAGCAAAAAAUUUUUCCAUUGACGUGAUGGAUAAUUAACAAUCUAACAAUGCUGAAACAAUUUUAUAGAAUUACUGCUAUAAAAUAUAAAAUUAUAUACAACUACUAGUAGUUGUAGCCUCUAGUUAAUCAGUUAUUUGAUAAUGUGUCUUGAAUCUUGAAUGGCAGGUGGUAAACAGGCUUGCUGAUAUAAUCAACGGCAGAUUUGAUGUGCAUAUACGUGAUAAAGAUUUGCCAUUCAUGACUGUACGAUACAACAGACUAUUGUAGUCUAAUGAGGAUCUAUUUUCUAAUUAGCCAUGUAAAGCUGUAGAUUAAAAUCCUUUGAAAUGCAUUGCUUUUUAAAAAAAAUUGGUGUAAAUCAGGGUGUCAUUGCUUUUGUUAUCCUGGAUGAUUCUGUGUAAUACUGACACACUGCCAAGAUUCUCCCCCACACACUGUCUACGCAAUGUGAUGCAUGAUGAUAGCAGAGAACCGCUGUGCAAGCAGUCGAAUGUUCUCUUGAACAUGUAACAUGCCGUGUUGUGAGCAUCUCAUCAACUUUUCCCACAUUCUUGGCUGUCAGACGCAAAGUGUUGUUUUCCAGCAUCCUGGCGAGGAUUGUUUCCUCACCGCCGUGCUGUUCAUCAGACAGUGUUUACAUAUUCUGAUAUUAGAGAACUGUCGCACACAUCUCAUUUCCAGCUGUUGUUAUGCGUCUGCUGCAUAUGUAGUUAUGUACAGACAGAGAGAUAUAUUUUAACCUUUGCACUGGUUCGAAGUGCACUUUAUUGAAAACCUUGGAUCAACCUCCACUAGCUUUACAAACUACAAACGGCUAUUUAUUUUUUUCUUUUUUAGAUCUGAAGGUCACAUCCUGUUCUCAUUGUAAAAACUAACCUCACCUGUCUUGGCUCUUCAAGCAUUGUUCUUUGUUCAAAGCAUGCUGUAUCAAAGAACGACCGGUGACACGGCAAAAUGCUUUUUUUCACCGUGUGGAAGCUGCUGCUCUGUCACUGUGAUCGACUCUAACCAAAUGGGUUCCUUAAGGACGCAACGAUGGUCCUCAAAAAGCCGCUAAGCACAGCUGCGCGAGCAGUCUGCUGGAGCUGCCGUGUAUCAUGCACCAUAAACACACACACUGUAUAUGGCUGAGGCUUAAGCUUGUUUGCUUUUCCUUUGUGUGUGUUUACUCAAAGGAGUCGGCAGGAAUCAAUGGAGGGAAAAAGUGAUGGAGAGGUAUUGAGAUUGACCCCUUCAAGGGCAAACAGAGAUAUGAAAUUGCUUCAUGAGAUGGAUGGCUGUCCUGCAAAAGGUUUCAUUUGAAGGUUUCAUCAGAAAGAAUUGUAUUUACAUCACUCUUAGCUCUCUUUUUUACCAAAUAUUUCUUGGCUGUUAACUGUACAUUUAUGUUGUUGAGUAAAUUCUAUAAACCCAACACUUGACUGACUUGAACCAUUUUGUAUUUGACUUUUUAGAGAGCCUUGUUUAUGUGUAGCACAUGGAGGUGUGUAUGGAAACUGUGUUAUAUGUCUGUCCCUAUUAUUUUGGACCCUCCAUUUGUUUGAUCUGAUCAUAAAAAUGUUUCAUGUCCCUCAAAGAAUCAUUCAUUUAUUUCAUUCUGCAUUUCUUUUGCUGAAUGUACAACAUGUAAAGUAUAAAACAAAUAUUACUUUAUCUGUGCCAAUACUACUAUAAUAUUUUUCUAUGUUGCUGACUGUACUGUACGCAUUCCUUAGUAGCUUGUGUUCAGUGUAAAAAUAGAAAUAUAAUUAUAUGCAGUAUAUAGCAUAACAUUAUUAUAACAUAUAUGAAAAAAUAAAUG